GGCUCAUUUGCAAACAUAGGCGAUCGGUAAGGUAGGUUUAUAAAGAGAAGUCUAAAAUCACAGAUGUGUUAGAGCACUUUUACUUUUUUCUUUUUAGGCACCUUUUUUUUUGGUUGAGCUUUGAACGUGUUCAUCCAUGUCUGAAGAAGUUACCUAUGCAGAUCUAAAAUUCCAGGACUCUACCAAGACAGAAAAUACCAAGCGACUUGACAAAUUUGGGAAAAAAGUGCCUCCCGUUCCCUCCCGUGUAUGGCGUCAAACAACCUGGACUCUGAGUCUUCUGUGCCUUCUGCUGCUCGUUGGAUUGGUGGUCUUAGGAAUCAUGUUUUACCUAACUUUGAAAAUAGAAAUGGGAAAAUUGAAUAAACUACAAAAUAUCGAAGAAGAACUUCAGAGAAAUGUUUCUGUACAACUGCUGAAUAACCGGAACUCCUCUGAGAAGAUCAGGAGCCUGUCCAUUGCAUUGCAAAACGUAGCCACCCAAUUAUGUCGUGAGCUUUGUAGAAAAGACCCAGAGCACAAAUGCAAGCCUUGCCCAGAGAGUUGGAUAUGGCACAAGGAUCGCUGUUAUCUCCUAUCUGAUUAUUAUCUCACAUGGCAAGAGAGUGACAUGUUCUGUUCUGCUCAGAACGCCAGCCUGUUGACGAUGAGGAGUGAGAGUGAGCUGGAAUUUAUAAAAUCCAAGAACUUAUUUGACUAUUGGUUGGGAUUAUUUCCUAGAAAAGAUAAUAAACUCCCAGAGAAAAUUGAGAAUUUGGUUUUCCCUUCUGCCAGGUUUAUAAGAAACACUGGUGACUUAAAAAACAUGUAUUGUGGAUAUAUAUAUCAAACAUACGUUUAUUAUACUUCCUGCAGAGCAAGAAAAAAGUUUCUAUGUCAGAAGAUGGCCAAUCCAUCUUUGAACAUUGAAAGCAUACUAACCAGUGAUUUUCCUGAUGGAGGAAUGUAA